AAAAAAAAUAAUAUAAUCACGUCUGUAACUAAAACGGAUCGUGUACUGCUUUCGGUAAUAACUAAAAAUAAAAAUUUCGAUGGCGGCGAUGAAAAUUUCCACUGCGGUCUCAUUGACGUUGCUGUCUUGGUUGUCCGUUGACUUUCAGACGAUUCCAUUCUCGGAGGCUUCCCGAAUACUGGCAAUCGAAACGGUAGCGGCAAAGAGCCAUUGGAAUUUCAUGAGCUCGAUGCUCAAUUCUCUAGUGGAAGUCGGACACAACGUGACCGUUUUCACGCCUUUUCCGGACGGCGACCGGACAAACUACACAGAGGUGGAUACGUCCAACGACUUUCCGAUGAAGCUCGACUUAGACGCGAUACAGAUGAUUCGGGAUUUUAGUGAACCUUUCACAAUCGUUAAGGCUAUAUCCAGCAUGCCCCGGUACUAUUGUGACAUGUUACACGGUAGCCAGAAGUUGGUCGACUUGUUAGCUUCCGAAACUCGUGACCACUAUGAUUUGCUCUUAGUCGAACCGUUAACCUUCGAUUGCGUUUCGUACAUAGCCGACACGCUUGGUCUGCCCGUAAUCUACUCGAUCCCGUCACCGAUGAUCACUUUCACCGAACGGAUAUUCACAGGUCAUUUGUCCAACCCCUCUUACGUGUCCAACCUGUUGGCCAGCCACGCUGUGCCCGUAACAUUUGCCCAGAGGUUCACCAACACGGCCUUGCUGACGUACAGCAUGCUCAGGACCAGGUACGAUAAGCUAGUCACUUUGAUUACGGAUACGAGAUCAUAUGAUCUGGCUCCGACCGUCAAUCCGUCCAUCAUCUUCCAAAACAGUCAUUAUGUCACCGAGUCCCCGAGACCGAUCACACCAAACGUCGUCUACGUAGGUGGUAUACACCUGAAACCCGCCAAAACUAUACCGGAAGACAUAUUAGAUUUCAUCGAAGACUCUCCUCACGGAGUGAUUUUCUUCACAUUCGGUUCCACGAUUAAAGUCUCAUCGUUACCGGAACAUAUUGAAAAGGCAUUUAAAGAUGCGUUGGCCGACGUUCCUCAGAGAGUAUUGUGGAAAUACGAAGGCGAAAUGAAGGACAAACCAAAAAACGUGAUGACAAAAAAAUGGUUUCCUCAAAGGGAAAUACUGUUGCAUCCCAAAGUAAAAUUGUUUAUUAGUCAUGGAGGUAUGUCCGGAGUGUACGAAGCAGUUGACGGCGGUGUUCCCGUACUAGGAUUUCCAUUGUUUUAUGAUCAACCUAGAAAUAUUGAACAUUUGGUCCUCGCUGGAAUGGCGAUAUCCGUAGACCUGUUGUCGAUAUCAAAAGAAAAAUUGUCUAAUACCAUUUCGAAACUCAUCAACGACGAAGUAUACGCAAAAAAUGCUAAAAUUGCUUCCAUCCGAUUCAAAGACCGACCGAUGACGCCUCAACAGUCGGUCGUAUAUUGGACGGAGUAUGUGAUCCGUCACAAAGGUGCACCGCACUUGAAAUCUCACGCCUUGAACUUGACGUGGUAUCAAUACCUACUGUUGGACGUGAUUGGUGUAGUGUUUACUUUUGUUUUCCUAGUCACAUAUUUAGUCUGUAAGGUUUCAAAAUGUAUUCGUUAUUACACUUUUAAAAACGACAAAGUCAAACCGCACAAACAAAUAAAACUUCUGAUGGCGGCGAAGCAAAUCUCCAACACGAUCUCCCUAACAUUGCUGUUUUGGUUAUCGGUUAACCUGCAAACGAUUCCAGUCACGGAGGCUUCUCGAAUACUGGCAAUCGAAAUGGUAGCGGGAAAGAGCCAUUGGAACUUCAUGAGCUCGGUGCUUAGAUCACUAGUGGAAGCCGGACACACCGUGACCGUUUUUACGCCUUUUCUGGACGGCGACCGGACAAACUACACAGAGGUGGAUACAUCCGACGACUUUCCGAUGAAGCUCGACCUGGACGCGAUGCAGACAAUUCGGGACUUUGGCGAGCCGUUUGCGUUGGUUAAGACUUUAUCUGGCCUUUCCCGAUUCUACUGUGACGUGAUACACGGAAACCGGAAACUAGUCGACUUGUUAACUUCCGGAACACGUGACCGCUACGAUUUGCUCUUAGUCGAACCCUUAACCUUCGAUUGCAUUUCAUAUAUAGCCGACACGCUUGGUUUGCCCGUGAUUUACUUGAUUCCGUCACCGAUGAUUACUAUCACCGAACGGAUGUUCACAGGUCAUUUGUCCAACCCUUCUUACGUGUCCAACUUGUUUGCCAACCACGCUGUGCCCGGAACAUUUGCCCAGAGGUUCACCAACACGGCCUUGCUGACGUACAGCAUGGUCAGGACCAGGUACGAUGAGUUAGUUACUCUGAUUACGGAUAGGAGGUCAUAUGAUCUGGCUCCGACCAUCAAUCCGUCCAUCAUCUUCCAAAACAGUCAUUAUGUCACCGAGUCCCCGAGACCGAUCGCACCAAACGUCGUCUACGUAGGUGGUAUACACCUGAAACCCGCCAAAACAAUACCGGAAGACAUAUUAGAUUUCAUCGAAAACUCACCUCACGGAGUGAUUUUCUUCACAUUCGGUUCCACGAUUAAAGUCUCAUCGUUACCGGAACAUAUUGAAAAGGCAUUUAAAGAUGCGUUGGCCGACGUUCCUCAGAGAGUAUUGUGGAAAUACGAAGGCGAAAUGAAGGACAAACCAAAAAACGUGAUGACAAAAAAAUGGUUUCCUCAAAGGGAAAUACUGUUGCAUCCCAAAGUAAAAUUGUUUAUUAGUCAUGGAGGUAUGUCCGGAGUGUACGAAGCAGUUGACGGCGGUGUUCCUGUACUAGGAUUUCCAUUGUUUUAUGAUCAACCUAGAAAUAUUGAACAUUUGGUCCUCGCUGGAAUGGCGAUAUCUAUGGACCUGUUGUCGAUAUCAAAAGAAAAAUUGUCUAAUACCAUUUCGAAACUCAUCAACGACGAAGUAUACGCAAAAAAUGCUAAAAUUGCUUCCAUCCGAUUCAAAGACCGACCGAUGACGCCUCAACAGUCGGUCGUAUAUUGGACGGAGUAUGUGAUCCGUCACAAAGGUGCACCGCACUUGAAAUCUCACGCCUUGAACUUGACGUGGUAUCAAUACCUACUGUUGGACGUGAUUGGUGUAGUGUUCACUUUUGUUUUCCUAGUCAUAUAUUUAGUCUGUAAGGUUUUAAAAUGUAUUCGUUAUUACACUUUUAAAAACGACAAAGUCAAAACUAAUUGAUAACACUCAACGUAUUUUAUAAUAGCUGAACUCUGUGCGUACUCUAAUAAAAAUCGUUGUGCUUAUAAGAACUACACAGUGAU